CCCUGAGGCUUCGCGAGGCGCUGCGCCCAAGGUUCUGGAGAUCAGAAGUCUGAAAUCAGUUUCACUGGGCUAAAGUCAAGAUGUGGGCACCGCUGGUUCCUUUUUGAGGCUCUAGAGGAGGAUCUGUUUCCUUGCCUUUUCCAAGGCUGUGGUGAGGAUUGCAUAAAAUAAUGUGUGAAUGGUGCUUAUCACCGUGCUGGGCAGUAUAAGUUAGCUGUACCAUUCUCAUUAUUGACGUUCGGGUGGCAGCGGUCAUUAGGGGCAUGCCCUUGGAGACCGAGGCACCACGGAGGAUGUUUUGCACCUGCUCCAGGUUGGCUUAGUCAAGAUUCUUUGUCCUUGCCUGGGAGAACAGUUCAGGGGACAGACGGCCCCAAGACUACCAAGAACCCAGAUGCAGGGAUCACUGACAUUUGGGGAUGUGGCUGUGGCCUUUACCCAGAUUGAAGGGAGACACCUGGAUGCUGCUCAGUGGGCCCUGUACAGGGAUGUGAUCCUGGAGGACUAUGGCAAUCUGGUGUUUGUGGGGCUUCUCUCUUCCAAACCCAAGCUAAUAACCCAGAUGGAGGAAGAGCCAUGGAUGGAAGUACAAGAGGUUCCAUCAGGUACCUAUGCAGUUCAGGAGUACCUAUUUGAAACAAAGAUGUCAGCCCUACAGCAAAAUACUUCUGAGAGAUCUGAUUUGGGAGAACAAACAAAAAGUGUCAUGAUGGAAAGAGGCCUGGAUUGGGAAGGCAGAAGUUGCAUAGAGAAGGCACACUAUAAAUGCGAAGAAUGUGGGAAAGUCUUCAAAUAUAAUUCCUCCUUUAUUAGCCACCAGAGAAAUCAUACUGGUGAGAAACCCCAUAAAUGUAAAGAAUGUGGGAUAGCCUUUAUGAGCAGCUCAUCCCUUUUAAAUUAUCAUAAAAUUUACAUAGGCAAGAAAUGUUUCAGAUGUGUUAAAUGUGGGAAAUUCCUCAAGAAGCACUCAACAUUUGUUAAUCAUCAGAAAAUUCGUUCUAGACAGAAACUCCAUAAAUGCAAUGAAUCGAAAACUUUCAGAAAUAAUUCUGUUCUUUUAAGUCACCAUAGAAUUCAUACUGGUUAGAAACUCUGCAAAUAUAAUGAUUGUGGGAAAGCCUUUGCUCAGAAUUCAGGCCUUGCUCAUUAUGUUAAAAUACAUAAGCCAUUUAAAUGUAAUGAAUGUGGGAAAACUUUCAGGGAUAACUCAGCUGUCUUGUAACAUCAGAGAAUACAUACUGGUGAGAAACUGUAUCAGUGUAAUGAAUGUGGAAAAUGCUUUAGGAAAAGCUCAAGUCUUCUUAGUCAUCAAAGAAUGCAUACAGGAGAGAAACCUUAUCUCUGUAGUAAAUGUGGAAAAUCUUUCAGGUAUAGCUCAUCCUUUGCUGGACAUCAGAAAACUCAUAGUGGAAAUAAACCCCAUCAAUAAACCCCAUUACAUCAAUGUAAUGACUGUGGGAAAGCCUUUAGGAAGAGCUCAGCCCUUAUUGAACAUCAGAGAAUUCUUACUGGAGAAAAGCCCUAUCGCUGUAAGAAAUGUGGGAAAUUCUUCAGGCAUAGCUCUGGCCUUGCUGAACAUCAGAAAAUCCAUACAGGAGAAAAACCUUAUGAAUGUAAUGAAUGUGGGAAGGCUUUUCUUCAGAAUUCAAGCCUCAAACAACAUAAGAAAAUUCAUAACAAAGAAAGAGCCAUCAAAUGUAGUUAGUUUGGUAAAUCAUGCAGAGAUAGUUUAUUCCUUUUUGACCAUCAAGGAGGAGACAUUCAAUAAAUUAUACACUUAAAGAAUAUAUUC